AUGGACCACUCGAUGCAUAUGGCUAUGGGACAUGGUGAUAUGGGGCAUGGCGGUAUGGACCAUGGCGACAUGGAUAUGGGCGGGCAAUGCAAUAUGAACAUGCUGUUCAACUGGUCCUCCGAGAAUCUGUGUAUUAUCUUUCGCAGCUGGCGCAUCACAGGCCCUUUCUCCUUCCUCUUCUCUCUCGUCGCUAUCGUCAUCCUUACUGCAGGCUACGAGGGAGUACGAUCAGUGACUCGGAAGUACGAGGCGGCCCAUACACAGCGACUGGGUGCCUUUGUGGGCAGCUAUGCUAAUACUGGGGACAAUGAGAUCGCCGAUCCUAUCCUUCCGAACGGCCUGGUGGAUGGAAGCCAUCACACUGACAACCAAGGCUCACCACUGCUUGUAGGGAGGGAGAACAGGGCGGCAUUGGCACGCAAGGGGAAGAUUACCUUGGCGGCCUUGUAUGCCAUCCAGGUGUUCUAUAGCUUCUUCAUUAUGCUCCUCUUCAUGACGUAUAAUGGCCCGGUCAUGAUUGCAGUUGCGGUGGGCGCGUUCGUUGGAUACCUGGCUUUCUCCGAGGGUACACCAGCCAGCAAGUCGGUUGCGUGCCAUUGA